UUUUCUAUUGGUUCCUUCAUGGAGUAUUACUAGUGACUGUAAUAGCGUAUUUUCUUGAAGAAAUAUUUAAUGUAAAGAGUUUACAUGGGUAUAUACAUUAAUAACGAUAACGUCACAAUAAAAGAAGUAAUCUUAGUUUUAAUAUGAAAGCAGUAAUACAACGUGUCACAAAAGCUAGUGUUUCAGUUGAUGGUCAAGUUAUUAGUAGCAUUGGAAAUGGUCUCUGCAUCUUAAUUGGCAUAAAAAGAGAUGAUACAAUAGAAGACAUAAAAUAUAUAGUAAAAAAAAUAUUAAAUACUAAAAUUUUUGAUGAUGAUAAUAAGAAAUGGAAUGCUAAUGUUAUGGAUAAACAAUAUGAAAUAUUAUGUAUUAGUCAAUUUACAUUGUACCAUGCUUUAAAAGGAAAUAGAUUAGAUUUUCAUAAAGCUAUGUCUGCUCAAGAUGCUGGACCAUUUUAUAAUAAAUUUCUUAUUGAACUUGGUAAAAAUUAUAAACCAGAAUUAAUUAAAGAUGGUAAAUUUGGAGCAAUGAUGGAAGUUGAUAUAAAAAACAAUGGACCUGUAACAUUAGAAAUAGAAUCAUCACUUAAAUUUAAUAAAUUAAAUGAAUCUAAUAAUGUAUAAUGAAUGGUGGAAUUUAAAAUUAAUACAUAAAUAUGUAAUAGA